AUGAAGACUAUCAAUUUUGUUACGGGAAACAAGAAUAAGCUCGCAGAAGUCAAGGCGAUACUCGAAGGUACCAUUGAAGUACAGAGUGUAUCAGUCGACGUCCCAGAGCUACAGGGAACGAUCGAAGAUAUUGCAAAGGAAAAAUGCCGUAAAGCUGCUGAAGCGAUCAAUGGACCUGCAUUGACAGACGAUACUGCACUGGAGUUCAAUGCUUUGAAUGGCCUACCAGGUCCUUAUAUAAAAUGGUUCCUUGAGAAACUCGGCCACGUUGGGCUCAAUAAACUGGUUGAGCCAUAUGAGGAUAAAUCUGCAGUAACAGUUGCCACUUUCGCCUUCUGUGCAGGGCCAGGAGAGGAACCAAUUCUUUUCCAGGGGAAAACGGAGGCCCCUAUGUUGUAUCAAGGAGUAUGA